ACGAUUUUUGCGGCACGUCCCGUUGCGAAGUAGGCGUUACCAAGGGUUGCACUCCGGAACGUAACAUCUAACAUCCACAUAAAGAAAAUCUGUUCAGCCUGCGGAUAGUGACUGCUUCGUCGAUGUUAGUGUCGGUGUCUGUGAAUUGAUCUGGGAGUCGUUUUGUUUGCUGACCGUGUCUUUCCUGGGUAGGCUUUUUGCAGCGGUAACCGACAUCCACGCGGGCGGAGCCGCGGGCGACCGCUAGUUUGUUAUAAACAAACUAUGUCAGCAUUAAAUAUGAACAAAACAACAUCACACCUGGAAACUACUGAGUUUACACAAUAUUAUAUUGAAGACCACCCAGUCUCAGCAGUUUGUAUUUAUUUGUACCUAAUAAUUGCUGCAUGUAAAGAUAAUAUCUAAAACUACAUAAACUUACAAAGUUACUUAGAGUACAAGUCUCAGAACUUAACAAAUUAGUUAUCUAACUAAUGCUUUGCGUUGCAUGACAUCAAAGGAUCAAAUCGUUGCCUUCACCGUGACUUUUGAGUAUAAAAUAUUAAUUCCCUUUUUAUGCUUGAUCGAUUCUGUUCAUCACCAAAGCAACAUUUUGCAUUCAGAAUGAGGGGAGCGGAAGUUUAUAUUUAGUUGUUACCAAUUCUUGAAACAAUACAGUGUACUAGCUUGAGCUUUCUAUUAUUUAAAUACGGAACAGACAACGUUUUUAAAAUGGAGGCACCAGCACCUGCGCCAGUUAAUAUAGGCGGACGACGAGAGCCUUCCACCGAUCCUGUUAAAGCUCAAGGAAUACUGAAUUCAGUAAUGAGAAAAUCUAAGUCUGCAGCCAAGCUCUGGCCACAAAGGUGGUAUUUUUAUAGCAAAAUAAAGGAAAUACAAGAAGAAGAAGCGAGGAAAGCUGGUAUGACCUCGGAAGAAUAUCGUGCAGCGUUGCAAUCACACAGCAGUCAACCUGAACACAAAUAUUAUCCAGUGACGGUGGAUCCAUCGCCUUUUCCUUUACCGCCAACUUCAUCAGCUAUGAUUGGACGGCGCGCACUUUGCCCUUUGGAGCGGUUCGGUCGUCUAGUGAAAACCAACAGAGAUUAUCCGCCACGCCCACCAUUAAAAGCGGGACAAAUUUACGAUCCUUACAAGCAGACCGUGGUAUUCCUGGGGAGCGUCGAAGGCGAUCCGAUUUCAUACAAGCUGCCUCCUUCAAGGUGUGAAAUGACAGAUGAGAUGUGGGCCCGACCGCAGCAGCUCACUGUCUCGCCAUUAGGAUGGGACAAAUUGGAACGAAUUUUGCUCGAGACUAACGAAUGAAAGUAUAUUGCCUGUAAUUUAUAUCGGUCCUUUUCAAUUUUCCUUAUAAUGCAGGAGAGCUGUACUAUUUCUUUUUACAUAGACAUGUUUCAUAGAAUUACUACCAGUUGAAUUAUAUACCUACUAUAUUUUUGUAUGAUUGUGACUUUGUAUGAAUGUAUUUUCAAUCUUCAACAUACUUAUGCAGAUAUUAUUGCAACUAUCACUAUUUUGAUUCACUUUGAUGCAUACAUUUUUGUCUAGAAAACACUACUCACCUAAAAAUUUUCAAACCGGCAAGAGUACAGAAAAGAUGGAAAUCAUAUUGAUGAAAUAUGAUAGUUUGAAGUAAAGCUAAACCUCGCGGAUGGAAUAGAUAUAAGUGUAUUUUAUAAGAUUUUUCUAUUCACCCAACGUUCGAUAAUUUGAAAGAAAAUAAAAUGA